AUGCCAAUCAUAUCCGUUGCAUGGACUGGGAUUGCUGCUAUGUUACUUCCCUUUGGCCGCACAGUUCAUAGCCGAUUUAAAUUACCACUGAAUUUGAAUGAACAUUCUGUCUCCGGCUUAAAAGUCAACAGUAAAGAGGCUUCUAUCAUUCGUUCUGCAAAAUUAAUAAUUUGGGAUGAAGCACCUAUGGCCAACAAAUAUGCUCUAAUGUGUGUCAACCGGCUACUGAAAGAUAUAAUGGAUAACGAUGUGCCAUUUGGUGGGAAAAUCAUUAUCUUAGGUGGAGAUUUCCGGCAAGUGUUGCCGGUUGUGCCUCAUUCAUCUAGAGCCUCUACUGUUCAGAAUUCAAUUAAGUUUUCAUACCUAUGGCCACUAUUCAAAAUUUUUAAAUUAACAAAAAAUAUGAGGGCUAAAACUAAUGAGUUAGAUUUUGCUAACUUUUUGCUCGAAAUUGGCAAUGGGGAAUACCCAACAAUUGAUGACAAAUCUGUGGACUUACCCCCACCACUUAUCUCUGAUUCAGACAUAGUUUCAGAAAUUUAUGGAAAAAACCUACAAACGCCUAUGGACUCAUCGUACUUAUCAAAAUGUGCCAUUUUAGCACCAAAGAAUGAGCAUUGUGAGGAAAUCAAUAAAAGAGUUUUAGACCUCAUCCCAGGCUCAAGCAAAACAUAUAUAAGUGUGAAUAAACUAAUUACAGAUGAUGACAGUGAACUAUUGCAAUUCCCUAUUGAAUUCCUCAACAGCCUUGAGAUGACUGGUUUGCCUUCUCACAAAUUAGUCUUAAAGGAAGGUGCCAUUGUGAUGUUAUUAAGAAAUUUAAACUACACAGCAGGUCUUCUAAACGGAACAAGACUUAUUGUCAAGAAAAUGUAUGAAAACAGUUUAGACUUAGAAAUCAUAACUGGCACAAAUAUUGGACAACGUGCACUAUUACCCCGCAUUGAUCUCUCUCCAUCAGAUUCUACAGUACCAUUUUCUUUCAAACGAAGACAAUUCCCCAUAAAGGUUGCGUUCUGCAUGACCAUCAACAAGGCGCAGGGCCAAACGAUUGAUCGAGUUGGUGUGUACUUGCCUGAACCAGUAUUUAGUCACGGUCAGUUGUACGUCGCCUUAUCGAGAGGGAAAUCUUUCGAUACUGUAAAAGUAGAAACUAAAUCAAAAGGUGGACGAACAGCAAACAUUGUUUGGAAGGAAGUAUUAUAAAAGUCGUAAUA